AUGUCUCCAAUCGUCGCUCGUGCUGCCAUCCGCGCCGCUGGCCGAAGACAAUUCUCCGUCAUGCGAUCCAUGAGGAACUUUGCUCGCUCCUUCGAGGCUCAUCCCUUUGAGAGGAUGCCCGUCACAUCAAACUCCCAGGCUGCUGAUUGGGGCAAGCAAUUCAAGAGAGUUGGCUCGCAAGCUCUGAUCUACGUCCCAGGCUUCGCACUCAUCCUUGGCUGGCCAGCCAUCUUUAAGACCGUCCUCGACGGCCACAUGGGUCAAUACUAG